UUUUGCUAUGUAUAUUCCAGGAUAAUAAAUUAUAAUGCUUUGAUUGCUCCUGUAUAUGUACACAGUAAUUAUUGUAUAUAUAUUAUAGCAAAUAUAAAUUUUUUAUUUUUUAAUGAUAGGAGACAAACAAUUUCUGCUCGUAAGCAAUGGCCAAAUCUAAUUUUUCAGAGACGUAAUAUUGAUGUAUAUGUCGAACCAAAAUUUGAGGAUACAUAUUGCAAAACUCAGAAAGAUGAAUUUGAAGUACCAUACAAAUAUAUAAAUCUUAUAUGUGAAUUAGGAAAGGGACAGUUUGGUAAAGUAUAUCUAGGUAGCUUAAACAACAAUGAGAAUACAUUAAUAGCUGUUAAAAUGUCACAAUGUUCUGAUGCAUGCAACGAACCUGAAGCUAGGCAUCAAUUAAUGGAAGAAAUCAAAAUAAUGAAAGCAGCUGGUUCUCAUACACAUUUAGUCAGCCUUAUAGGUUGCUGCACUUUACCAAAUAAUCCUAUAUGCAUAAUUUUAGAAUAUAUGGAAGGUGGGGAUUUGCUUGCCUAUCUACAUUGUAGAAGAAAAAUCAAAUCAGAUGAUAUAUCUUUGUGCAGUUUUGAAAAGGCUGUAUCUAGGUACGCAAAUAUUGUUGAAAAAAAUGACAAUUUAUAUGAUGUAAUUGAGAAGCAACAAUUUAUGAAGUUUGCGCUUGAUAUUGCAAGAGGAAUGGAAUAUUUGGAAGCUAAAGGAAUUAUACACAGAGAUUUGGCAGCAAGAAACAUCCUCCUCACUUCAUUGUCAAAUCCAACAUUAAAGAUUUCUGAUUUUGGUUUGUCACGA